AUGAAGCGAGUAUGUAUUGAUCCCAAUCAAGCGAAUAACAAUCAUGUGAACAGCGUGUCGGAAGCUCUUCCCGACUCCGGGACAAAGACGUUCUACGAAAAUUUGCCUUUCCACGGGAUCCAAGCGCCGCCUAACAAGACCGACAGCCUAUUCAACUACAAAGAACACUACCAGCAGCAGCAGCAUCGGCAGGAGAUGCAGCAGUACAGUUACCCGUUACCGAGCAACAGUUCGAACCAACUAACACUGCCACUAACGCGAAACCUCUACCAAUCCUCGAUAGUUAGUCCUCUGCAGACCUCUUUCGUCCACACUAACAAUAUCCGGCCGUCCACCCUGAUGCACCGCGAGGCCGCCAAUACCGGCAAUCAUCCGCCCGCGGUGCAUCAGGACGAGGAGCAACAACAACCGCCGCCGAGUUACGGCCAGAUUAAUCAUGACGCGAGGCAGUCGUCGUCGCGUCGACACGCGACGAAUCGGCGUAACGAGCGUAAUCGAAAGUAUCGGAAUCGAGCGCCGAGCGAUCGAAGCAAAUCGAAGCAGAAUCGCGCACAGAGAGGAGACAACACCGUUCCUCCUCCGCAACGACGUAACGACGGCUCUAUCGAGAACUCGCCCGCGCGCGAGACCGUCUUCCGUCAGAUCCCGGACUUGGGCGUACCCGAGAGGAUGUACAAGAUCUCGUAUCCGCACUACUACGAGGACGAGGACAUUGCGGAGUGUUCCACCGAAUUUCCCAGAUUAAACUCGACGGUGGCGCGUCAGCAGCAACAACAGCAGCCGUGGGAGCGCCAGUCGAAUCGCUGCGUCGCCGAUAACAACACGCCGCAAUUCGCGAGUGACGCGAACGAUGCGAAAAUUCGCGGCAAAACGUCGAAGACGAGACUAUCAACUACACUAGACGACACCCGCAAGCCGUCCGCGCCCACGAUAAUGCAAUACGCUGAACUUCACUUCCGAGAUGUCGGUCAGGAGAUCGAUGUCUAAAGCCCUUCAAACCGGAAUUCUCGGAUCUCGAUUACGCGGACGUGGACUACAGGUCGUACGGGCCGAUUAACUAUAAGGCCGCCAGUAUCGCGCUUCUCCAAAAUCGGCAGCAGCAGCAGCAGCAGCAGCAGCAACAGCAACAACAACAAGCGCAACAGCAGCAGCGACUUUUGGAGAGGAGGCCGCAGAUGUACGGUGCUUCGGACGAUAACGAGGAAUUGCUUUAACCUUUUCCCUGUUUUCACCGUUUCGUUGACGUGGUUCGAUAACAAUCCAGCUUUCUCGGGGAGAUGCAAUACUGUUUCUUUAUUUUUUUUUUUUUUUUUGCAAGCAAAAAUAUAUAUGUCGAUAGAAACUCGCUGCAGCAUGUUAAAUUCGACAUUUAUAAGAUACACGUUGCGUCGUAAUGUCUUUCGUGGAAUUAUUACGAUUCUCAUGCAAAAUAAAUUUAACGAGUUAUGAAUUUUACAAUUUCACGUCGUGUACCGCUUAUUUAACCGAACACGAUUUUUCACACAUCGAGAAGCAAGAGUUUUAAUUGAAACGCGCAAUUGAGUGCUUUUAUAGCGGAUAGCCUAAAAAGUCCAAUCAAAAAAUUCACAACUUUAAUUUAAAAAUUAAAAAAAAUUUACUUUGUCACUCGCUAAAUGAAUAGCUCCGGUUAAAAAUACAUUAUUAAAAUGAAUGCGCAACAGAGAGAAUAAAACACAAUUUUGUUCGCUAAAACCAAAGAGCCAUGAGAGAGCUUCCCUUCCUCGCAUCACGAGGCAAUCGAGUUGUAUAAUUAUAAGUGCUUGUAAUUACUCGCGCGAUUUUGCUUCCGAAAAACACAUCCGGGGAUCAGUCUAUCUGUACAGAUUAACGUACGCUUAAUAUGUUCUUUAUAUACGUAAUACGAUUAUUUAUGUUAUAAAUUUUUUUUUUUUUGCUUUCUAUGUUCCGUGCUAUAUUUUACAUGCCAUAUCUACGUAUGUGUCGUAACAUAUACUUUUANCUUAGACGGGACUAGAUUAUUUUGAUUGUACAUACACGUUUUUUUUAAGAAAAAAACGCGAUCGAAAUCGACUCGUCCCCAAGCACCUCAUCGUCGUGCCACGACGACGUAAGAAUUCAACAGAACGUAUGAGCACGAUGAGAACACAUCAAAGAUUACGAAAAACGAAAAAAUUGUGUGCGAUAUUUGUAAAUUUAUAAAUGUAUUGUACCUUUAUACAUGGGAGUAUUGAUACGCGGCAUACAACAUUUAUACAAACUGUACUACAUGUGUUUUGGGAUCAAAUAAUCGAAAUAAAUGUGUGUGCGAGAGAGUCGUGGCGAUAGAAAACAAAAUAUCUGUUGUCUAUCGAGUUAUAAAAAAAAAGGAAAGUGGAACAUAUCGCAAUCCGUGUUAUUAAUCCCCUAUUUAUCCGUUAUAUACAUAUAUAUAUAUAUAUUCUGUAUCAUUGUUAUACACGUAAUUAUUGGAAGGCUGCGCGCUAGAAAGUAUAUACGAUUCUGUUGGGACAUUACU